AUGCGCCCGCACGGGGCGGCGCUGCUGCUGGCGCAGCUGCUAGUGCGGAUCGAAAUCGCCGAGCAGGGUGAGCUCGGGCGAGGGCUGCGGCGAGGGCUGCGGGCGCGAGCCGGGGUGAGGGGGCGGCUGGGGCGCGAGGAGGCAGGGGGGCGCUCACCUCGUCUCCUGCCCCCAGCCUUUCGGGACAAGGACCUGCUGCUUCCAGGUUUUCAGAACUCGUCGAUGCUCGCAUGGCCUUGUGGCCAACGGGUCAUCCCGACACGCAUAGUGGGUGGAAAGGAUGCAGCGAUUGGGCAGUGGCCGUGGCAGGGCAGCCUGCGUCUGUGGGGCUCCCACUUCUGCGGAGCGAGCCUGCUCAACCGCCGCUGGGCGCUCUCGGCUGCGCACUGCUUUGAAAACAACCGAAAUCCCUUUCACUGGUCAGUCCAGUUUGGGGAGCUGUCAGCCGCACCAUCCAUUUGGAACUUGCAAGCCUACUACAACCGUUACUAUGUGGACCAGAUUUUCCUGAGCCCCUUCUAUCUGGGCGCUCCGGUGUAUGACAUCGCCCUGGUGAAGCUGUCCUCCUCAGUCACCUACACUAAGUACAUCCAGCCCAUCUGUGUCAUGGCCUCCAUCUCCGAGUUUGAGAACAGCAGUGACUGUUGGGUGACCGGCUGGGGAGACAUUGAAGAAGAGCUGAGUCUGCCAUAUCCCUACACCCUCCAGGAAGUGCAGGUCGGGAUCAUAAACACGACCAUGUGUAAUCACCUGUUCUCAAUGCCCGAUUUCCGCAUUGACAUCUGGGGAGACAUGAUUUGUGCUGGCGACCCUCAAGGCAGCAAGGAUUCCUGCUUUGGUGACUCAGGUGGGCCCUUGGUCUGUGAAAAGAAAGGGCUGUGGUAUCAAGUUGGAGUCGUGAGCUGGGGAGUGGGCUGCGGUAGGCCCAACCGGCCGGGUGUCUACACCAAUGUCAGUGCGCACUACAUGUGGAUCCGAGAGGUUCUGGCCCAAAACGACACUUGCAGGCUGGACCCUUGCCCGAUGCUGCUGCUCCUUGCUCUGCUCUGGGCUCUGCCAUUCCUACAGCUGGCCUGA